ACCACAAAAAAAGAGAUAAAGGGAACUCCAAUUCCAGGGAUUUUCUGCAAGGUCUGGAGGGCAGAAGGAGCAGCGUCCGCACAAAGCAGAAGUUCCAGGAAAAGUUCUCUCAGAUUUUGGGGCGCUCCAUGGAAACCACGCCCAGAGACCCCUCAGGACGCCCCUGCAGCAGCAGAAAAGGACUUCCAGAAAGAGGCAGAGCCAUGCAAAUCAUUUCCAGGGAAAUUGCAGGGUUUGUGCUAGCUAAGAUGCCCAUUUUGAUGAAUAUUAAUAAUUAGGAUGGAUGAAUUCCCGGUAGCAAAUCCCCCCUGCCCUGCAGGACCAGGAGAGCUCGGCUGUGAGUCCCAGCUGAUAAAGAAUUCCGGCUCUGGGCCCCCUCCAGCUCUGUCAGGGAGUUCACUGCGGCUGAUUUCGUGUCCCCAACUGCUCCUGGUGGCCUCUCCCAGCCAUGGCCCCUCUGUCUCUCACCCUGGCCCUGCUGGCAAUGGCCGUGGCCACCGUGGCCAAUGACGUGGAGCGCCUGGACAUGGCCCAGGACUCCUUCGAUGACCAGUACCGGGGCUGUGGCCCUGCCAUGACCGCGGCCUUGCCGGCCCUCAACCGCUCCGACUUCCAGCAGAAUCCUCUCUUUGCCCGGGCCUGGCUCGAUGCUGUGAAGGAGUGGCAGAAUCUGCAGUCCCCUCUGUCCCCUCUGUUGUCCCCAGCCCAGACCAUCGCUCUCAUGGCCUACACCAUGAAUGACCUGCACAGAGAGUUCAACACUGCCGUGCGCGUGGCCGGGCGCUCCCGCCAGCACUACCGGGACAAUUUCCACUUCAAAACUCUGCAUUUCCUGCUGACCCAGGCCCUGGUGGCGCUGAGGGGCGCUCAGAAGGGGCAGUGUCUGGACGUGUUCCGUGGGGUGUGUGGGGUCCUAUUCAAGGCACAGCGCGGUGACACCGUCAGGUUUGGUAACUUUGCGUCGACGUCAUUGAAGAGAGAAGCUGCCGAGUGCUUUGGGAAGGACACGUUCUUCGAGGUGCGCACGUGCCACGGCGCGUUCAUCCAGGAAUUCUCCAGAUUUCCAGACGAGAGGGAGGUGCUGAUCCCACCAUAUGAAACCUUUGAGGUCGUUAAAGUCACCGAGGCAGGGAACAAGGCACAGAUCCAGCUCCGCUCCACCGGGACCUCCAGCAAAUACAACUGCGAGUGGCUGAAAGGUGGGAGCAUCCCCAGUGCCCAUUUCCACUUCAGAGGGCUCCUCCUGGCUACCACAGCCCUGGCAGUGGCCACUGGGGUCCUCUGAGCCACGAGGCCACCAAGGUCACCAAGGUCACCGAGGUCACAGAGGUCACUGUGGCAACCAUGACCACCAUGGCCACCAAGGUCACUGUGGUCACUGUGGCCACCAUGACCACCAAGACCACCUGGACCCCCAGAGAAAUGAGGCCACCAAGGCUACCAAAGUCACCACUGCCACUAUGGCCACCUUGCCAGCUGUUGCCACCAUGAGGUCAGUGGGGCCACCACUGUCUCUGUGGCCACUGCGGCCACCACAGCCACUCUGGCCACCAUGGUCACUCCAACCACCAAGGCCACUGUGACCACCAUCAAGACCAAGACUCCCUGAACCAUUACAACAGCCACUGUGGCCACUGUGGCCACCAAGGCCAUUAUGCAAAGCCAUUCUAUUAAAA